CAGAAUGCUAUAAAUGAGAGACUUUCAAACUAAACCAGAGAUCAAACCAGAGCAGCUGCCGGACUGGAACAGCAAAGGGGAGCUUUUGCUGGAGUCAGAUCGAGUGUUUCCAAAUUGGAGAGACAGCGGUUGGUGAUUUGACGUUGACAUUUUCCGGCCUCCCUCCGGAUUGGGCAAUGAAGGAGAGAUCUGAUUGGCUGCUGAAACAACAUUAGGCAAUGCUAAACAAUGUGACCAAUCAGCAUCGGCCGCCCCACCAUUCCUCCCGAAGGUAUAACAGGGCGCAAUGUGGGCGGAUUGGAGUCUUCUCAGUGACAGUGUUGGUGGGAUUGGGGGACUAUGUCUGGGAGAGGAAAGGGCGGGAUGAAAGCGCGCACCAAGGCCAAGUCUCGGUCGUCCCGGGCUGGCCUGCAGUUCCCGGUGGGCCGUAUUCACAGGCUCCUGAGAAAGGGCAACUAUGCUGAGCGGGUGGGGGCCGGAGCGCCGGUCUAUCUGGCUGCGGUGCUGGAGUAUCUGGCGGCUGAAGUCCUGGAGCUGGCCGGCAACGCGGCCCGGGACAACAAGAAAACCCGCAUCAUCCCCAGGCACCUGCAGCUGGCCGUGCGCAACGACGAGGAGCUCAACAAGCUGCUGGGAGGGGUGACCAUCGCUCAGGGAGGGGUGCUGCCUAAUAUCCAGGCCGUGCUGCUGCCCAAGAAAACCGCCCCCACCAAAAAGUGAAGAGACUGAUCUUGACUCUGACAACCCAAAGGCUCUUUUAAGAGCCGCUCACAAUAUCAGAGAAAGAAACUAGACCCCCAUCUCUAUCAGGUUGAUUUUAUUUUCGCAUUUUUAAUGCGAGGAGCUUGGGACUGAAGCGUAUAUCGUAGUUUAUU